AUGAAUACCAAUGACAUAAUAUAUUAAUAGCAACAAGAAUAAUAAGAAAGAAAACCAAAUUUUUUAGAAAAAUUAUGUUCUUGCAUUUACUUUUUUCAGAAGAAAUCUAAUAAAACUAAUGAAAAGUAUUAACUUGGAAUUGAUACACCAAAAUCACAUGUAUAAAUGAAAAAUAUAAAUAUGAGAGCAGAAAAGUAUGUGUUUUAGAUUUAGAUGAAACACUAGUACAUAGUUAAUUUAAAGCAGACAAUGGUCAUGAUUUUUCUUUAGAUGUAAUAAUUCAUAAUAUAUUAGAUCAUAGUUUAAAGUUAAUUGUUUAAAGUUUAUGUGACAGUUAGACCUGGUGUAGAAAACUUUAUUGAUACUUUAAGUGAAUACUUUGAGAUAAUAAUGUGGACUGCUAGUUUGAAAGAGUAUGCCGAUCCUGUUAUGGACAUUAUAGAUCCAUCAAGAAGAGCAUUGACAAGAUUAUAUAGAGAAAGUUGUACACCUAUUCAAGGAGGUUUAACAAAAAAUUUAAGUAAAUUGGGAAGAAAUUUAAAAGAUGUCAUAAUUAUUGAUGUAAAACAAUUGUUCACUCUUAGAAUUCCUAAAUGUCAUUUAUAUUUUAAUAAGAAAAUGGAUAUUUAAUCAAAGAUUUUAUUGCAGACAAAAAUGAUAAUGAACUUGAGACUCUAUUACCAUUUCUUAUUUGGUUAAGUUAAGUAUUAAAUAUUAUGAAAUAUUAAGUAAAAUGAUGUUCGUCCAGUCUCUUAAUUAUAUAGGUAAUAUGUAAUGAAUGAAUCAGUAUAAAGAAAACAUUCAAAAAGAUAGAUACUCUCAUAAUCUAUGAUUUUAAAUAAUUAGAAUAGCAAUAAAAAGACUGAUUCGAAAGCAUAAAGAACUCACACAGUUAAUCAUUGUGAUGUAGAAGAAAUAGAAUUGAGAGCUGAAGCAAAUAUAAAUUCGCCUAAUAUUGAAAUGAAAUUGAAUGAUUAAACAGAUGAUGAAAGUCGUGAAACAUUUGAAAUAAGUAAUUGUUGA